GUCACAACAAGAAUUGUGUCUCUCUCUCUGCUCCCACAUUCCCAUGUAUAUAUACAGAUGCUUGGCUUUUCCUUUUGCUUCACUUUUACUUUCUACUCGUAUCCAUCAUUCUCUCUCUGAUCUCAAGAAACAAUCUCAAUCUCCCAACAUAUAAACACUACUCACACUCAUUACUCUUCAAGCAGCUUCUCAGAUUCAUCAGCUCUUAUGGAUCAUUUGUUACAACACCAGCAGGAUGUGUUUGGGAAUUAUAACAAAGCAAGAGAAGCUAUGGGAGUAGCAUAUUCAUCAAACCCAACACAAUCAGAUGAUCAGGAUCAGAAGAAGCGUUCGGCUGCAGCGACAAGGCCACAGCCACCGGAGCUAGCCCUGAGAUGUCCACGUUGUGACUCAACAAACACAAAGUUUUGUUACUACAACAACUACAGCCUCACUCAGCCUCGCUACUUCUGCAAAUCAUGCCGGAGAUACUGGACUAAAGGCGGAACCCUAAGGAACAUCCCCGUUGGCGGAGGCUGCCGGAAAAACAAACGGUCCACAUCUUCGGCUACAAGAAGCCUCAGAACCACACCAGAACCGGCGUCCCACGAUGGGAAAGCAUUCUCCGCGGCGAGUUUCGGUGGGUAUAGUAACAAUGAACAGAUUGAUCUCAGCUUAGCCUUUGCCUUGCUGAACAAACAACCUCCGGGGAGUUCUGCACAUCUAGGGUUUCCUUCGGAAUUCAGUAGCUCUCAUCAGUCUGACAUGGAGGGUGUGUUUGGGACAAACCAACAAAAGGGGAACGCUAGUUAUGCGUUUGGAAACGGUAGCAGCGGAUUGGAUAUUGGGAUGGGUGAUUCAAGCAGGGUCUUGUGGGGGUUCCCAUGGCAGAUGAAUGGAGAGAGCUUUGGGAUGAUGAAUAUAGGAGUGGGUGGUGGAGAUCAGAUUGAUUCAGGGAGAGAGAUUUGGACCAAUAUGAACUAUAUUAAUUCUGGUGCUUUAAUGUAGUUCAAUUUGAAACCUCAAUUUUAUUUGGGUUUUGAUUUAGGGUUUGAAUUUCAUGUUUUCUAUUGGGAGAAAAAAAAAGGGGAGGGGUAGCUAUUUUAUGAAAUGGUUAAUGAAGUAUAGAGAUAUAUUAGGGCUUCUUCGAAGAGUUUGAAACUUUGCAAAAUGGGGUUGGUUGGGGUAGGUUUUUUCCCGGUUUAUGUUCUAAAUUGUUGAGUUUUUUUAUUUGUAUGUUCACUAUGUUUUGACUUUUGAAUGAAACAUUUCUUUUGUUGUUAUAA